CUUUUCUCAAUAAAAGAAAGAAAAAGAAGAGACGAAAGAUCAGGAGCAGCAGCAGCAGCUCUGGCUCCUCCAAAAAUGAAAGUUGCUACUGUCCAGCAAACUGCGUGUUCUUGACUUUAAGUGCUCGAUAGUCUACGAAUUUUAUUCGUGGUUCUCAAUAAGUGGCCUUGGCAGGCUUUUCGGAUAAAACUUUUGUGAUGGCUUGUACUGGACAGCCGAUCAAUGCACAUGAAAAGAUGCAUCAUGCUGUUCAAACAACCAAUAAAGAUACUCUGGGAAUUCUGGAAGGAGGAAGUGAUUUCUUACUUAGAAAACUUCGAAAGAAAAAUAAUUUCAAAAGCUCUUCAGAGGUUCGUCUAGUUUCAUCUUUCACUUGGAGAAAUUCAGAUAACAGGUAUUCCGUGCUUACGGUCUUGACACUCGAACCAAACGGGCACUGGAGAAUUGCUGCAGUCCCACUGCAUUGUCCUGACUCAGAGUGCUUAGGAUCUGGUGUGCAGGUUAGCAUGGACUGUUUGCAUUUGGUUUACCCUCGGCCAAUUAAUUCAGUCCGGGCUGAUCGACAAAAAGUGACAAAAGGGCCUAUGCGUGGUGGUAAUCAUCCUGCCAACUCACUUGCAAACAGAAGCUUACUUGGUUCGACUGUGCAACACCAAGCUCAGAAUAAGACUUUGGCAAAUGAAGCUAAAUGCAGUGAAAUUCCGCAGAAUUUUGGGCAGAAAUCCUUACCCGGCUGUGAAUCUUCUCGCUCAAUAUUGAAUAGCUCCAAUGUCCUUAAAUCAACAACAGUGUGUAUCAAUAAUUCGAAAGUUGAUAAUGUCGAUGUCGUAAAAAAACGAUCAAAAAAGAAAAGUAAAGGGACUAGAAGAAAAAAGAAGCGUCCAGGUCAGACUGGCUCUACUGAACCAGAGGUGUUGUCUGCGGAACAUCAGCGUGUUGGUGCAGUUAUUGGAACUUGCCAUAGUAAUAAUCAGGAUAGUAAGGAUGCACUAGUGCUAUCUUCAACUCAAGUAGAAUCUUCAUGGCACAAAAAUGGGGUUCACAACCCAGAAGUGCCCAAGACAUGCACUUCUAUUAUUAAAGGGGUGGAUAUGUUGGAAAAAGCUGUUACUGAAAACCACUCUGUGGGUACAUUUGAAAAUCAACAACUAUCCAAAGACUCUGCAGAUUCUAUUUUUGAUGGAAGCAGAAAUACAAAUCGUACACAAGUCAGCAGUUAUGAUGAUUUGCGUUCCAGAGAUUGUAGUAAUGUGUCUGGCUCCUUUUCAGUUUUAAUUCAUUCAAGCCGUGUUCAGAGUACCAAAGUUUGUCAUGUUUCAAAACAGUCUGAAAAGGAAAGUUGUGGAACUGGUCUUACUGAAACACCAGCUUCUGAUUUCAGAAAAGGAUCUUUCUCUUGUAAAAGCUUGUCAAAUAAUGUUGUGGAUAAAAGUCAGGGUGGUCAGUAUAGAAGUAGCAGUGAUGUUCAUGUAACUGUACCUAGUAACAGGAAUGAGCAAAACAAACAAUUUUCCCAGUUUUCAAGUAUCCCCAGAUUUAGAAGCACUGGAAACUUUCAUGGCCGUCCAGGGAAGGGAGGCAGCCAUACUGUUUGGCAGAAGGUUCAGAAAAAGGGUACCCGUGAUUGCACCGGCGACUCGACGAAGGUUCCAGUCUUCCCGCAGUGUAAUGGCACUUUGGAGGAGGCUUCUUUUCUUAAGAGAUCGUUUGAUGCUUCUGAAAAUGAAAAGCAGUUAAAAUAUGGUGUCUCUAGAAAGUUGAAAAGUAAAGGUGAUACAGCUUUAAGACAUGAAUGCAAGCUUAAUACUAUAAAGGGACCUCAUGCUGACACGGUCAACUCACAUGGUUGUCCAAAGGUUACAUGUCCUGAUGAAAUGGAUACCCUUGAAAGUGUCUGUAAUACCAACUCUAUCCUGAAGAAUCAGGUCACAUAUGAUCUCAAUCACCCAUUUCCAAAGUCAUGUAACUCCUCAGAUCACUCGAGAGCAGUUCAGGUGCAGUCUCUAAUGUUCCUUCCUCAUCCUUUUGGGAAUUCAGUUAGACAAAGGCAGGAAAAUAUCCCUGUUUCAGAAGGUAUGCAAAACUGCAGUUCUGGAUAUAUUAUGCAGAAAUGGGUCCCAAUUGGGUUAAAGGAUCUUGGAUUGACAAAUUCUGCUGGCGGUUUAUCAGAACAUUCUGAUAGUCGAGCUGCUGAAAGUUUGACUGCAGUGAACACUGUAAAAAGUAAAUCAAAUUUUAAUUCUCCAGAGUUUGUUCCACAAGGAGUAUUGUGUAUUGGUAAGAGUUCUGCAAAUGUAACCCAUUCCUCCCAUGAUGAUGAGCUCAGGACUCCAGAAUUGAAGAAUCAGGGUGCAAGCGUCCUUGAAGAGCAGAACAAUCAUACUGCAGCUCACUGUUUAAAUACAGAAUCUGGAGUUUUGAGCACAUCCGGAUCUGUUCCAGACAGGAUUGUCGGAGCUGUAAUUGAUGCUUGUAGGGUUCAACUUGCAUCUGAAACUGUUGAGCGGGCCUCCGGUCACCCAAUUGCUGAGUUUGAAAGGCUUCUUCAUAAUUCAUGUCCAGUUAUUCACCAACCGCCCCAUUUAGUCUGCCACACUUGCUCUAGGGACCAGUUUGGUGGUCUCUCAUUAUGCAGACAUGAGAGACCUAAUAUUUCUUUAGGUUCUGUAUGGCAGUGGUAUGAGGAACAUAGCAACUAUGGGUUGGAAAUAAGGGCACAUGAUUAUGGAAGUACGAAGAGAUUCUCUUCAUUUUUUGCUUAUUUUGUCCCUUAUUUGUCGGCAGUUCAGCUUUUCAGGAACCACAAUAAGCAUUCUGGAGACACAGAGAAUAAGAUUUCUAGUUCUGAGGUGCCAGUGACCUGCGGGUAUAGUGAAACAUCUGAAAGAUCCUCCUGUGUGGACCAUCUCCCGAUAUUUUCAGCACUGUUUCCUCAACCUCAAGUGGAGUGUCCAAGCGUUCCACCUCAUGUAAAUCAAGUGUGCAGUCGAGAACCAUCUUCAUCUUCUGCUAAAGAUGUUGCUACUCUUGGAUCAGUUGAAAUCACAUUGUCGAGUGAUGCUGAGUUGCUUUUUGAGUAUUUUGAAUCCGAACAACCUCAGCAGAGACGACCUUUAUACGAGAAGAUAAAGGAAUUGGUUGGACGUGAUGGACCUUCACAGUACCGAGGUUAUGGGGACCCAACAACUCUGAACUUCACUACACUAAAUGAUCUGCAUCCUAAAUCCUGGUAUUCCGUGGCAUGGUAUCCUAUUUAUAGGAUUCCAGAGGAUAAUUUCCGUGCAUCAUUUUUGACUUUCCAUUCACUUGGUCAUCUGAUGCGUAGAAGUGCCAGAAUUAAUUCACAAACAGUGGAGAAUUGUAUAGUAUGUCCUGUGGUGGGCCUGCAAAGUUACAACGCUCAGAGUGAAUGCUGGUUUAAGCUGCGCCAUUCACCUUCGAACCCGACAAAAGGAGCCUCGGAUCUAAAUGCUAGCGGAAUUCUGAAAGACCGUUUGAAAACGCUAGAGGAGACGGCAUCUCUUAUGGCAAGAGCAGUUGUGAACAAAGGAAGUCUGCCAUCAGCAAACAGGCACCCGGACUAUGAGUUCUUCCGCUCUAGGAAGCGCUCGUGAUAUCUUAGAUUCAUCAAUGCUAUCUGAGCGGAGCAAUAGUGAUGAAUCUUGUUUGUUUUUUCUUGUACAUUUUUUUUUUUUUCCAUUUACCAUGGAAUCUUGACUCCAUGUAUAUAGACCUUUAUGCAAAUUAGGAAGUGCCUUGUAAUUUUUUUCCUUAGGGAAUUUGCAACAUUCCGCAUUCUCUGAAUACUCGUUAAUUUUAGCAGACCUUUGUUGAUGUACAUAUGCAUGCUAGGGUUUCAGUUUUGCGUUUUAACUUAGAAGCUCGUUGUGAAUCCCUUGGGUGGGUGCGUAUUUUGAUUUUUUUUUUCUUCGUUUUUAUUUUUGUAACCUCGUUGUGAGUUUUAAGAUAUAUUGAGAAAAAUCCAUUGCUGCU